AUGUCUUCAGCCGACAAGCAAAUCAUCCUCAUUACUGGUGCCACGAACGGUAUCGGCUUGGACACCACAGUAUACCUCGCACGCGACUCCCCAAACAACCAUGUCAUCAUGGGCGCUCGCAGCUCAUCCAAAGCCGAAGCCAGGAUCAAAGAAGUCCAGGGCAAAGACAUCAAAGGAACGCUCAGCUACGUCCUUCUAGACCAAAACGAAGACGCGUCCAUCUCUUCCGCCGUCGAGCAGAUCAAGAAAGAAUUCGGUCGCGUUGACGUCCUCGUCAAUAAUGCCGGAGUUUGUCUUCCUGAUGACAAAGAAUGGGCUCCUCGCGAAACCCUGCGUGCGACGUUUGAGACCAAUGUCUUUGGUGUCAUGCUCUUGACCGAAGCUCUGAUUCCCCUUCUCAAGGCCUCCAAGAACCCCAAAGUCAUCAACGUCACUUCUGGUCUCGGCAGUAUCACAGGCCUCAGCCCAGAUCUAGACAGCAACAACAUCUUGAGCAACUUCCAACACGUUCCGAGCCCUGGCUAUCGGAUGAGCAAGGCAGCAUUGAACAUGCUGACGGCAUACCAGUACGCACGUCUCAAGCAGGAUGGAUUCAAGAUCUGGGCAUACUGCCCUGGGUACGUUGCGACGGACUUGACAAAUGAUCGCGAGGCGAGAGAAGCGAUGCAGUGGUGUGAGAGCUCGGAGACAAGUGCACAGGGCAUUCUGGAGAUUGUACAGGGGGAGAGAGACGGAGAAGCCGGAAAAUUCAUUACCAAGAAUGGAGGAGGGUAUCCAUGGUAG